CUCUGAACGGUUAAGCAUUAUAUAGGCUCUUAAUGGUUCAGCACUUAACCAUUCAGAUGUAAAAUAAGAAUUUAGGAGUUAGGUGUUUGAAUCAGUGGAGAGCCUCUUGCUUGCAUGGUUGUAACACUUGCCAGGGAGGGGCUAGUCUAGCUGUGGGGUACCGACUAGGGAUUAAUCGAAUCGGAAUUUUAUAUAUAAUUUUUUAAACUUAUACACACACACAAAAUUUUAUAUAUAAUUUUUCAAACUUAUUAGUCGGGUCGGGUUGGAUUCAGGGGCGGAUGUACAUUAGUGUAAGGGGUGGCGUCCGCUAUGGUUGGCGUUCCGGCGGUAGUGUAAAAUUAGUGUAAAUUUUGGAAAAAAUUGACGUUUUUUCGAUUUCGUUACCGCUUAUUUAUAAAACGUUACCGCUUGGCGCGAAUCCUAGAUCCGCCACUGGUUGGAUUAUAAUAGCGAUUAUAUUGAACAUAUAUUUAGUAUGAUUAUAUUGUACAGCUAAUGUGAUAUAUCUCUCCCAAAAUAGAGGAGCCAUAUUGUAAUUAUAAAUAUUCAGUAAAUUAAUGAGAAGGUCAAGGGAUUGAUUUCUAUCAUGGUAUCAAGAGUCCAGUGAACCAACCCUAACCCCUCUCCCCUGCCGCCACCCCCUGUUCUGCGACACAGCCUUCUUCUUCACGGCUGUUCUUCUUUUCGGCUGUUCCCCACCUCAUCUUCCUCCUUGUUCUCACCAUGACAAACACUACUAACACCCCUAUUACCGUGGAAUCAAAACUCCACCCCGCCACUACCGUCUCCCACAUCAAAAAUUACAUACCUGUUACCCUUGAAAUCGAAUCAUCGCAGUACAAUUCCUGGGCAACUCUCUUUAAACUACACUGUAAAGCCUUCUUGGUUUUUGAUCAUCUAUCACCCAAACCUGCUGCAUCCGAAACCACCACUGAAACAUCUUCUUCCACCACAAAACCAACCGCUGAAUGGGAACGCCUUGAUGCUAUUGUGUUACAAUGGAUAUACAGUACAAUUUCCAACGAUCUCCUCCACACCAUUAUCAACAAGACCGCCACCGCUCACGAUGCUUGGAAAGCUAUCGAGGAUCUUUUUCAAGACAAUAAAAGCUCCCGCGCCAUUCACCUGAUGCAGAAGUUCUCGAACACCCGUUUGGACGGCUUCCCCAAUAUAUCCGCAUACUGCCAGGAACUCAAAGUCCUGGCCGAUCAGUUGGCGAAUGUGAAUGCUCCGGUUGACAAUGAUCGAUUGGUUUUGCAGUUAAUUGCGGGGCUGAAUGAACAGUAUGAGGGCAUUGCUACUAUACUCCAACAACAAGAUCCACUCCCAUCAUUCUAUUCUGCCCGUUCCAGCCUAAUUCAAGUGGAAACUCGCAAAGCCGAACAAGCCUUGAAUGCAUCCAAGUCUGCCUCCACUGCUCUAACCGCAUCCACAAACCGCUCCCCGGCCGCUGAUCAGUCUCGCAACCACGACCGAAACUAUGGCACUCAUGACCGCGGCUACGGCUCGGGCCGUGGACGCUCGGGUCGUCGGGGACGUGGCCGGUCCAGCUCUGCCCGUGGCCGGUUCUCUUCUCAGUAUCCGUGGCAGCCGCCUUCCUAUUACCCAUGGAUGAACACUUGGCCCACACCACCCUCCAACAACCAAACUCCCUUCUACCCUUGGCCUGUGCCGCCAUGCCCAUACCCUUCCACCAAUCGGCCCAAUCACACCCACACUAACAGCCCUGGUAUCUUAGGCCCGCGGCCGAACCAUCAAAGCAAUGUUGCCUAUACACCCACGGAUAUCGAGCAGGCUAUGUACACGAUGUCACUACAGCAGCCAGACCCCACACAGUACAUGGAUACGGGCGCAACGGGAAACAUGACACAUGAACAAGGACUACAAGACUCGGACCCCGCUCCUGCGAUGCAACAGCAGCGGUGACCUCUACCCGUUGGUAAUCGGGUCCCCCUCCCAAGCAACUGCUCU